AUGAUCCGAUUUGUUUCUGCGAGCAAAAAGUGUUGUCGCGGUCUGCAGCAAGAAGGAUUCCGUUCAAUCAAAAACAUCAACAACAGAUUUUCAAUAACGAAUAGUUUUUGUGGAAAAUCCUUCGGAAGAAUUGAUGUAAAUUAUGAGUGGAGCAACAAACAAAUGUUCGGAAGAAUGAUGACAGACUCAUCAGCCUUUUACUCAACGAAUUUCAAAUCUUGUGCCAAUAUUGAUCAUAAAUUGGACAAAAAGGUGGACCACAACGAAAACGUGAGUCUAUCCAAUAAGGAAUCUCACAGUCAAUCUAUUUCGGAAGGACAAGCAUUGUCGGAUCAAAGCAAAAAGACCCCUUCACUCUCGGUGAUAAAAAAGUUAAUUAAUCUUGCAAAACCGGAAUCAAAAUUAUUAGCAAUUGGACUGGCAUGUCUUGCCGUCAGUGCAGCGGUGUCCCUAAUUAUGCCAAUAGGUAUCGGUAGACUUGUUGACACGCUUUCAUUACCUCCUGAGCAAGCAAUGAAUCAAUUGAAAUUAAUUGGUUAUGGACUUACUGGAAUGUUCGUAGUCUCAGGUGCAGCUGUAAUUGGACGAUAUGCUGCUGUACAGACUGCAGGCCAAAAAAUUCAAAAACGAUUGCGUAAAAAGUUAUUCGACUCCUAUAUGAGACAAGAUAUUGAGUUUUUUGACAAGACCAAAACAGGCGAAUUGGUGAAUAGACUUUCAACAGAUGUAGAAGUUGUAAGCGAAACAAUUACACACACUAUAAUUUCUGGCGUACGUUCGCUCGUAGAAGCAACUGGAGGUAUAAUUUUAUUAUGUGUGUUGAGCUUUAAAUUGACUGGAGUAGCGGUUUCAAUUUUUCCAUUAUUAGGAAUUGGAGCAGUGGUCUAUGGUAAAUAUGUAAAAAAGCUAUCAAAGAAUUAUUUGGAUGAAUUAGCCAAAGCAACAGCAUUCGCACAAGAGAGAAUUUCCAACAUUCGUACAGUGAGAUUGUUUUCCGCUGAGAAGAAAGAAGUGAAAAAUUAUGAAGAAAAAAUUGAUCACGUAUUCAAAUCUGGUCGACAACUGGGCAUUGCCCGAGGUGUAUUCUAUUCUGCGGUGAAUUUUGGAGCCAACAUGUCAAUGCUUGCUGUUUUGGCACUGGGAGGUUUUGAUGUCAUUAACGGAGUUCUUACUGUUGGACAACUUACAAGCUUCUUAUUAUAUUCAAUUUACGUUGGCGUUUCCUUUACAAACCUGAGCCAAGUUUAUGGGGAUGUAAUGAAAGCUAUGGGCUCUAGUGAACGAAUUUUUGAGCUUAUGCACCAAAAACCCCACAUUGAAUUUAGCAGAGAUCAUGGAAAGAGACUCGAACAAGUGAUUGGAGCUAUCUCUUUUGAAAAUGUAACAUUCUCUUAUCCUCAAAGAAGGGAAGUUCAAGUUUUGAAAAACUUCAAUUUACAGAUCAAACCAGGAGAUGUGGUGGCUUGCGUUGGAGCGAGUGGAAGCGGAAAGUCAACAAUUCUUGCUUUACUGAGCAGAUUUUAUGAUGUUGAUCAAGGUAAAAUUACUAUCGAUGGUGUUGACAUUCGAGAACUUGAUGCCACCUGGCUAAGAACACACAUUGGAGUGGUCAGCCAAGAUCCAGUUUUAUUCGACAUGAGUAUAGAAGACAAUAUUAGAUAUGGAAUUCCAGAAGGGGUAGAGGUGACAAAGGAACAAAUUAUUGAGGCAGCCAAAAAGUCUAAUUGCCAUGAAUUUAUAAUGUCUUUCCCUGAUGGAUAUGCCACAAAAAUUGGUGAACGAGGAUCUGCCCUUUCGGGAGGUCAAAGACAGCGAAUAAGCAUUUGUCGUGCCAUCUUGUUAAAUCCAAAAAUUCUUGCUCUUGAUGAAGCCACAUCUGCUUUGGACAGUGAAAGCGAGCAUUUGGUUUCCAAAGCUCUCGAAGAAGUCAUGGCUGACAGAACUGUCAUUAUCAUUGCUCAUAGAUUAAGUACUAUUAAGAAUGCAAAUUAUGUUGUUGUUUUAGACGAAGGAAUGAUCAAGGAAGUUGGUACUCAUGAAGAGCUUCUUCAAAACGAUAAGGAUGGUAUCUAUCAUCGACUUGUGACAAGACAAAUAGUGGCAAUGAAAAAUUAA